GAGAAGAGAAUGGCUGUACUAAGCGAGCAGAUGAAGGAGGCUGAUAGAUCAUCUUCUGAAUAUGAAAAAGAAAUUGAGGAGCUGAAGGAACUGCUACCUGAAAUUAGAGAGAAGAUAGAAGAUGCGAAGGAGUCCCAGCGUAGUGGGAAUGUAGCUGAAUUGGCUCUGAAAGCAACUCUGGUUGCCAGUAGAAAGCCAACAGAUGGUGCUUCCUCAUCUAACUGUGUGACUGACAUUUCCCACCUUGUCAGAAAGAAGAGGAAACCAGAGGAAGAGAGUCCCCGAAAAGAUGAUGCAAAGAAAGCCAAACAAGAGCUGGAGGUGAAUGGAGGCAGUGGGGAUGCCGUCUCCAGUGGAAAUGAAGUUUCAGAAAACAUGGAGGAGGAGGCUGAGAAUCAGGCUGAAAGCCGGGCAGCAGUGGAGGGGACCGUGGAGGCCGGAGCAACAGUUGAAAGCACUGCAUGUAAAGAGAGGGCGCAGAGCCUUCCUCCUGAGGGAAAGUGUUUUUGUAUAUAAUGUAUUUUUUCACUUUGGGGGGAUUCUUUUUGUAUAACUUCAAAAAAGAUUGUAAGCA